ACCAUGAUAACAGUCAGCACACCUUAUUUCAGACUCCUACUAAUCCAAGAUGAAAGUCAUUGCUGUCCUUGUGCUUUACGUAACCCUUUUCUACCAGGGGGAAAGCAACAGCUUGGAUUCCUGUGAGGGUCGAUGUGGAUUUGGAACAAACAGUAAUUUCACCUGUCAGUGCAACCCUGUGUGUGAGAGGUACAAUGACUGCUGCUCAGACUAUGCUGAAUUAUGUAAAGCUGAUGGAGGAAAUGUUGGAAACAAGAUCACUGAUGCUGAGAUCAAGGCUCUCUCUGAAACUCUUUACUCCAUGGAUUCAAACAGAGCUUCAUCAUCAGAGCUGACCAUUAACCCUCAAGCUCUGGUGCCAGACUCCCAGACCGGCUCCCAGAACGACCUCUCCUCUGAGCCCCUCUACCUUCACCUGGAUGAAGACGCUGUCUUCUCCAAACCUACCUAUGCUGCUCUUCUGGCUUUGCUGGACAACUACAACAGGAUGACAGGCCAGGUGGAAGACUUCAGCUCUCAGCAACUUGCCGAGCAGGAGACAUUCAUCAAGGAAACCAUGCUAAACACAGAGCUGGGCAGAGAGCUGUUUGCUUUCCUCAACACCAAAGGAGUUUAUACAUCAGAAGAAGAGUUUGUUCAGGACCUAAAGAUGAUGUGGUUCGGGCUGUACUCACGCAACAACAACAAGCUGGAUUCCAGUGGUUUUGAACACAUCUUUGCAGGAGAGAUCAAAGGAGGAAAAGUGUCUGGUUUCCACAACUGGAUCCAAUUUUAUCUUCUCGAGAAAAGUGGAAAGCUGAACUACUACAGUCACAGCUUUGACGGGCCAUGGACCUCGUAUCCCGAUGUGAUGGGGCUGCAGUUCAUGUGGGAUGGCUACUACAAGCAAGUUGGCUCUGCAGUUAUUGGCUGCAGCCCUGAGUUUGAUUUGGCCAUCUACAGCCUCUGCUACAUCGCUCGGCCCGGGAAACAUUGUUACCUAAGCCUGGGAGGACAGCAGCUCAUCAUACAGACGUACACAUGGAACAACUCUUCCUACGGGGAUGGAAAGAAGUUCAUCGGCUCUGCUUACCCUGUUUCAAUGUAUUGAAUUAAUUAGACAGACACAAAGUAUUUUCAUCUUCUGAAAGAAAAUCUGUAACGGUUUGGAUCAACGAACAUGACUGGUGUUCAUAUUUGUAAAGAAUCACCUCCUGAUUUUUUCUAAAAAGUCUUUAACAUUCAGAAUGACCAUUUUCUACGGUUAAAAAACCAAAAAUUAUUAGUUUAUACCAAACAUUCCUAAUUAAUGUUUAAUACUACUGCGAAAAUAGUUUUUAUAGGAUUUUAUAUGGUUAUGAUUUUAUAAGCUUUGCCCAUACAUUGCUUACAAAUAACUGACUUCCAUGUAACUUAACUGCAAAUGUUAAUAUUCCCACUAAGCUCUAAAUUAAAUAAAUUUAAAACAACUCUUUUCCUUCUCUAAAGUAAUCUUUUGCUCAAUUUAUUGAAUUGGACACUUAAAGGUCCAAUUCAUCUUAAGUUGCCUUUGUUUUACACUUUAUAAAUAACUUCUAAUGACGGAUGUGUCGAUGCUGGCCAAGUUUUAAAACCUCAUUCGUGAAAAGGCAUUUCUUCUUACACAGGAUGUUUUUUUUUAUUUUGCUUGCAGAAAAUAUUAAAACGUCACACUGGGUCCUUUUAUGAGCUAUUAACAGAGGUGUGACCAAGUCACUGCUUUGCAAGUCACAAGUAAGUUACAAGACUUUCCAAUCAAGUCUCAAGUCAAGUCCAAGUCAAAGACAACCAAGUCCAAGUCAAGUCCAAAGUCAGUGAUGUGGAAGUCCAAGUCAAGUCCAAGUUCUUAACCUUGAAUUUUCAAGUCAUAAUCAAGUAAUCUGUCAAACUUCAAUUUAAUGACAGUUAUAAUAAAUGAAUUCCAGAAAUAAA